AUGGACAUCGAUCCACGACUCCGCCUGGACGGGCGACACCCCCAGAGUCCUCAUCGCCCUCACUACCCAUCGGAUACGCGACCUCCGCCGCCGACCACAACCGCACCGACUGCGACACCAACGGCGACGGGGGACUACACAUCGCCGGCUUUGACCACCGGUAGCACCAGCCCGGGCACCAAUAGUGGCGUCGGACCUAGUCCCCACGAAUACCCCGAUCCUCCUGCACACACUCCUUUCCAUCCCCAUCACCCCGCGGACAAUGAAAACGACAAUGACGACCCCUACUCCGACCUUAAACGGCCGCGCGCAUGCGAAGCUUGUCGCCAUCUGAAGGUCCGCUGUGAGCCGGAUCCGAAUAGUCAUGAUGGAACUUGUAGGCGAUGCGCGAAGACGGGGAGGCAGUGUGUGGUUACGGUGCCGACGAGGAAACGUCAGAAGAAGACGGAUAGUCGGGUUGCGGAGUUGGAGAAGAAGAUUGAUGCAUUGACCGCGCGAUUGCAGCCGGGCUCGUCUACAACCGGGUCGGGGAUAGCAACAGGAGGCCAGGGCCAGCAGGCUGGUGGUGCUGCGCGGAGGUGGCUUGGGGCAAGGCAGGAUGUGCAUCCAUCGUCGCCUCUAGCUAGUGGAGUGGGAUUGGGCCUGUCCGGCGUCAAGAGACGGUUCAGUGGAGAGGUGAAGGAAGACAGAUCUUCUGGAUACCCGAGUCCUGCGGCUAGGCCGUCGCGUUGGGCUGGAUUCGGUGAAGCACCUAUCAGCAGCAGCUUCGUUGAUGUUAUCGACAAGGGAUUUGUUUCUGUUGAAAUGGCUGCAGAGGCGUUCGACCGGUACAUGAACGAUAUGGUACAGUAUCUUCCGAUUGUCGUGUUUCCCCCAGGCACUCAGAUGCACGAGAUCAGACGGAUCAAGCCUAUUCUCUUCCACGCGAUUGUCGCCGUAUCCAUCGGGGUUAUCCAGCCCGAUAUCCAACCACACCUGAUUGAGGACUUUUACAAGAUCAUCGCAGAGCGCGUGGUCGUCAAAGGUGAAAAGUCACUCGACCUGGUCCAGGCUCUCAUUGUCUCUACGGUCUGGUACAUCCCCCCCGACCAUUUCGAGGAGCUCAAGUUCUACCAGCUCACGCACAUGGCUGUCACCCUCGCAAUGGACAUCGGGAUGGUCCGCUGGACAAAAACUGCCAAGAGACCCUUUAAUCUCAUGAGAGAUGUCAUCGGGAAGAAAGCGUUUUUCUUAGACCCGGAUUCGCCGGAAACAAGGAGGACUUGGUUAGGCCUUUAUUAUCUUUCAGUGCAGGUAGCAGCCGCCUUACGACGCAUCCCUCUUGUCCGCUGGCAUUCGUAUAUGGAUGAAUGCGUCGAGAUCCUGGAGACAUCUCCUGAUGCGUUACCGUCCGACAAGGCAUUGGUUCAGUGGGUGAAGCUUGCGCGGAUCAUGGAGGACGUUUGCUUUCACUUCGUCAGUGAUGAACAGGAUUUAAAUGCUACAUGCACUGAGCCAAAAACUCAAUAUACGUUGAAGGUGUUUGAGAAGCAAUUGGAGCAGUGGAGGAAAGAUACGCCUCCUGAGCAUUAUUCUGUAAUCAUGAAACAAACCGACUACCUGUUAAACAUUUAUAUCCACGAACCAACCAUGCACAUCAAUUGCAACGGCAAUGAAUAUAAGUCUCCCGAAAAUGAGUAUCAAAGUACGACAAUUAACACAGCCUAUAUCAACGCCCUAAGCACCUGCCUCACCUGCACCCACCGCGCCUUGGAUGUCAUCCUAUCAAUACCCCCGCCCAGUAUCCUCUUCCUACCAACCUACGUCCUCGCUCGUGCAUCAUAUGCAAUGGUCGCGCUGAUCAGACUCUACGCCAUCGUGAGCGCUCCCGACUCUCAGAUUGGGCAGGUCAUUGAUCCACCCAGUCUGAAGAUCGAUCAUUACUUAGGUCGAGUGGUGGAACACUACAAGGCUGCGGGGGAACAUGUGGGCGGGCGCUCACCAGGGAAGUUUUCGGUUGUCCUGGGUAUGCUUCGAAACUGGUUUGUCAAGCAGAGAGACCAGUCACCAAGUUUGAAGGAUGCACUCGAUGGAAGGGGGAGAUCAGCUUCCACAUCCGCCAACAACAUGGCCGAGGGUGGACAGGAGGAGACCAACCGAAUGGGCCCAACUCCACUACACCUCCUAAGUGAAGUCGCCAUGGGCGAGCCAAAAACCCGACAAGGCUCGAAUCCAACCCACCUCUCCCCCUUCCCGUCGCGGACAUCCGGAUACUACACAUCAACACCGCACCCAGCCUCCAUCGACUCCCUUGUCUCCCAAACCCUACCCCCCUCAACCUCAACAAUGGACCAGCAACAACAGCAACAACAGCCAUGGGCGCAAUACCCCCAAAUGCAAUCAACAUACCCCGAUCCCAGCGCCGCCCCGAUAGCCACAACCACGGCCGCGGGGUAUAUCCCUGAGUUAGGCCUGCCGGUUGGCGUGGGUUUUGAGUCGGAGAAUCUGUUUACGUUGGGGGAUAUGCUUGGAGAUGGUUUUUUUAAUUUUCCAUUUACGGUUGAUGGGAAUAUGGGGCAGGGUUGGUAA